AAAAAAAUCACAUUUUUUAAAUACAUUUUACUUUACUUUGACAGCGUAAAUAUUUUAAAAGUUAUGUAAUUGUUAAUUAAAACAUUAAAAAAAAAAUAAAACAUUUAAAACAUUUUUUGAUUCCGUUUUUAGUUUACAGUCACAAGCAAAAAACUGCUUUUUCUUCACUUCAACUCGUAAUUUUGCAAUGACCCUAAUUUUUUGCAAGUGGCAAACGUACCUGUCUUAAUCUACACACAUUAAUUGUGUUUUACGCGAAGUUAAAUGUAAGUUAUCAAUUUUUGUACAAAAAAGUGUAAUUUUGCUGGACUGAAUAGAUUAAAAGUGCAAACCGCCGCAGGCCUGUUUUGUCAUAAAAGUAUAUAUUGAUAUGUAACAUGCUCGCUACAACAAAUUUUAAAAAUUGUAGAUUUGCGCAACUACUGAUUAACAUUAUGUUUCACUAAUAUAUUUAUUUUUUACAGGAGACAGAUGCUGAAAGGAUUGUCUCUUGAGAAAUGUAAUACUGGCGACGAAUCUAUCAAUUAUCAGGAUUCAGUUAAAUUACUGCCUGACUUGAUGGAUUUGAAGAUCAUUAAUGAAGCUUCACAGUGCUUGGAGCCAGUUUUCAAAAGUGGUAAGUACAAAAAUGUACAAACAUGUCAAGAUGACAAUACUCUUGUCAUCGAAAACACAGGCCGUGUAGAAAUGGAUGGUAUCCAACAGCAUGAGCCUGAAUAUGAAGAUGACGAUACUCUUGUCAUCGAAAAAACAGGCCGUGUAGAAACGGAUGGUAUCCAACAGCAUGAGCCUGAAUAUAAAGAUGACGAUACUCUUGUCAUCGAAAAAACAGGCCGUGUAGAAACGGAUGGUAUCCAACAGCAUGAGUCUGAAUAUGAAGAUGACGAUACUCUUGUCAUCGAAAAAACAGGCCGUGUAGAAACGGAUGGUAUCCAACAGCAUGAGCCUGAAUAUGAAGAUGACGAUACUCUUGUCAUCGAAAAAACAGGCCGUGUAAAAACGGAUGGUAUCCAACAGCAUGAGCCUGAAUAUGAAGAUGACGAUACUCUUGUCAUCGCAAACACAGGCCGUGUAGAAACGGAUGGUAUCCAACAGCCUGAGCCUGAAUAUGAAGAUGACGAUACUUUUGUCAUCGAAAACACAGGCUUUGUAGAUACUGAUCGUAUCCAACAGUAUAAGCCUGAAGGUGAUAGUCUUGUAAAUACUGCUUUCUUCCAUGAAGAACUGCAUCGAAUAUUUGACGAUCAUGCGCGAGGAAUUGAGUGCAGCUUUAAAUACUGGAAACUCAUAAAUAUUCAUCGUUCUGGGUUUAAGACUCAGUAUUUCUACAGAUGUGAUAUGUGCCAUCAUAGGGCAAGUAUUUGGUCACAUCCUACAGAUGAAAAAAUUUUGGACAUCAACACGGCUAUUGCAGCUGGAACCAUUACUACCGGGAUUGGUUUUGCUCAAAUGGAAGAAAUGUUUGCAGCUGCAAAUGUACCGUCCAUGUCCGAAAAAACAUAUAUCAAACAUCGAGACAUAGUACUCGAAGAAUAUUUUAAAACAGCUCUUAAAGAUAUGAAAAUGGCAGGCGAAGAGGAAAAGCGACUCGCUCUAGAAAGAAAUGAAGUGAUUAAUGGUAUUCCGUACAUAACCGUUGUAGCGGAUGGCAGUUGGGCGAAGAGGUCGUAUGGCACAGUCUACGAUUCACUUUCCGGAGUUGUAGCUAUUCUUGAUUAUCGCACAAGAAAAAUUCUCUUUAUUGGUAUUCGCAAUAAAUUUUGCACGGUAUGUGAUACGGCGGAACGAAAAGGUCUCGAGGCAAAAGUUCAUAAAUGCUACAAAAAUUUUGACCGUAACGCGAGCUCUACACGCAUGGAAAGUGAUGCCGUUGUAGAAGGAUUCAAAUGUAGCAUUGAAAUGCAUGGACUAAUUUUUAAAACACUUAUUGCCGAUGGUGAUAGCAACGUGUAUCAGUCCAUCCUAAAUAAUAAUCCAUAUCAAGAGCAUAUGGUAAGAGUGCGAAAGAUAGAAUGCACUAAUCAUUUGCUUCGUAAUUUAUGCAAAAAAUUAAAAGUAGUUGCAGAGACGACCGAACCAAAGUUGCGUAGAAAUCGUGAUUUUAUAAAAUCACGAAAUAUUGUGAAAAACAAUAUUAAAAAAAUUAGAAAAGAAAUAUUACAAUUAGCUGAGCGUAGAAGGGGAGAGAAGGAUACUCCGGAUUGUCAAGUAUUAGCAAAGAAUUUACGGGAAGAUAUAUUAAAUGUUCCUAGUCAUAUCUUUGGUGAACACAAGCGAUGUAAGGAUCGUACAUGCGAGAACAUCGCUGAUACAGAUACGGAAAAUUAUAUUCCGUAUCUGAAAUUGUACGGUCUUUAUCCAAAAAUACAAAAUGCAAUUAAAUAUUUAAGCGCUCAUUCCGACAGUUUGUUGUUUAAUGUAACAAAUAAUUUUGCGGAACUGUAUCACUCGGUAGUCGUCGUAAUAGGCGGAAAGCGCAUUUUGUAUGGCGCGCGAGGUUCUUAUAAUACGAGAGUUACAGCAGCUGUUAUUCAACAUAACACGCAACAAGCUCUCACAGAAUUACAUAAGAACGUAUGUAACAGUGUUCCUCCUAUUUCCUCCUAUCGAAAAUCUGGAGAAGCGACGUCAAAGAAAAAUAGCUCGAACCAGAGAAUGUCGAAAAAUAGACGGAAAACCCCAAAAAUUCAAAAGAAAGAUAGGAACAGAUGGUUAUUACGGACCUCAAUCGCAACAACCAGAUCUCUCCCCUGAAAUAUUCGAGCAAUUUAAGGAAAAACAUU